AUGUAUUUCAUACGCACCCUUUCUAUACUCUCUUUCAUAUCAAGUGCUUAUGCCACACCUUCAAAUCUCACCCGCUCUAAUGGAGUUUCCUGGGGAUCCUGCGAAAUGAACGGCACUCUGCCCGUCCAAUGUGGCAAUCUGACUGUUCCGUUGGACUAUACGAGCAACAAGUCUGAUGAAACUCUCAAUCUCCAACUGCUGAAAGUUCCUUCCCUCCAUACGCCUAAGAAGGGAAGUAUCCUGUUCAACUUUGGUGGUCCUGGGGUGGCGGCACGACCGUCUUUGGCAUCAAAAGCCAAGGUUUUACAAAUUUUGACUGGCGGUUAUUAUGAUCUUAUCGCACAUGAUCCACGAGGAACUGCCAAUACUCUCACCUUCUCCUGCUUCGAGGAUGCCGAAUCGAGGCUGGCCAAUCUUACCUACUAUCGAUUCAACGAAUAUGCAGCCCGUUCAGAAAAAAUGCCACUGGGAAGGCAGUGGUCGGCUGCAUCUCUGUUUGCCGAAUCCUGCCAUAAAUACAAAGACUCUAAAGACAAGGGCGAACUGAUUAGCACGGCAUUCGCUGCGAGGGAUUUGAUGCAGAUCGUGGAUGCAGUUGAAGACGAUGGAUUAUUGAGAUAUUGGGGUCUUUCAUAUGGGACCGUCUUGGGAUCAACCGUUGCAGCCAUGUUCCCUGAUCGCAUCGACAGAAUCAUCAUUGAUGGGGUCAUGAAUCCACACCAAUACUACCACUCAUAUGAUGUGGAAAUGUGGUCAGACACAGACAUGGUUUUUUCCAACUUCCUCAAGCAGUGCCUCAAAUCCCCAGAUCGAUGUGCCUUGGCCCACCACAAUGCCACUGCUGCCGGUCUAGAGAAAUCACUAUACAGCCUCUUUGACGACAUGAAAUACAAUCCCAUUGCAUUCGACAGCAUGUUGAUCGACCACAGCGUGGUCAAAGGCACCAUCCGAUCUGCUCUGAACAACCCUUCCCUCUGGCCUACUCUAUCCCUUGCCUUGGAGUCACUGCUUGCUGGGAAUGUAACUGGCUUCCUUGCAACUCAAGCCUCCCUCGCUCCUAAGUAUGGCAGUGAUGGCUUGGCUGAACCUCUGUUUGGCAUUCCCUGCUCUGAAAAGAGAACAGGAAAACACACCCUGAAGGAAGUGAUGCCUGCACUCACUGCUCUUGAUGAUAAGAGUAAGCUCUUAGGACAAGCAGGCGCUGCCGUUGCUAUGACAUGCUCCCAGUGGAAGUUCGACGCAAAGGAGCGAUAUACAGGCGAUUUUAACGUCAAGACAAAGCAUCCCAUGCUUGUCAUUGGCAAUACCUAUGACCCCGCUACCCCCAUCCAAUCUGCGCGCAAUAUCACUGCCAGCUUUGAGGGAAGCGUUUUGCUGGAGCAUGGAGGAUACGGUCACUGCUCGCAACAACAUGGCUCUGUCUGUACGGGAAAGGCUAUCCAGGCCUACUUUACAAAUGGCACUCUGCCUCGACCUGGGACUGUUUGUGAAACAUCGUAUCCUCCAUUUGCUAAUAAGACCUGGAAUGAUGUUUUGCCAGCUAUCUUGACGUGA